AGUAAACAUGACAACACGUGACACAACCAGGAAGUGUGAUGAAGGCGAACUUUCAAACGUCUUCGUUCAUCGGGUAGGCUUGCGGACCAAAUUUUAAAUUGAACCAGUUAAAAGAAAGUUUACCUCAAUGGCUAGUCCAAUUCCAAGUUUAGCGCAGUUGGUGUCGGAGGCUAGUAGUUUGUACAAAAAUAUGUUCGCGGAUGACACUCCUCAAAUUGCCGCGUGUGCUCCCGGAAGAGUCAACUUGAUCGGGGAACACACAGACUACAACAAUGGAUAUGUGCUUCCAAUGGCACUACCACUGGUGACUGUGGUGGUUGGAAGUCCUUCCAUCAACGGCGACACUGUCGUUGUCACUGCCUCCGAGCAUGCCGAUGAACCAAGGCGGGUGGACUUGAGUCUGCCGAAUGAAGGAUCCACAUCGUCUCCAUGUUGGGCAAACUAUGUGAGGGGCGUUAUACAUCAUUACAGAGCUCGUCCUGUCCCAGGUUUCAGAGCUGUGGUGGUCAGCAGUGUUCCAUUGGGAGGAGGUCUGUCAAGCUCCGCCUCUCUUGAGGUGGCCUUUUACACAUUCCUGCAGCAACUCAGACCAGAUGAUGGCGACAAACUAGCCAAAGCGUUAGCAUGUCAGCAGGCUGAACACACUCACGCCGGCGUACCGUGUGGUAUUAUGGAUCAGUUUGUAUCUGCUCUGGGAACGGAGGGCCAUGCUUUGCUCAUUGACUGCAGGUCACUGGAGGCCAUUCCUGUCCCGUUAGCGGAUCCACAGGUUGUCAUUCUCAUCACCAACUCCAAUGUCAAGCAUUCUUUGGCAAGUAGCGAGUACACCGUGCGACGGAGACAGUGUGAGGACGCGGCCGCCAUCUUGGGAAAAAGCAGUCUCAGAGAUGCCACCAUGAAGGACCUGGAAGGGUCAAGGGCUAAACUCGAUGACGUGACCUAUCGAAGAGCUCGUCAUGUGAUUGCUGAGAUCAACAGAACUGUCAAAGCUGCCGAAGCCUUGAAAAACGGUGCCUACCAGGAGUUUGGCCAGCUCAUGGUGGAAAGCCACAACUCCCUCAGGGAUUUAUACGAGGUGAGCUGCAAGGAGCUGGAUGAGUUGGUGUCUGCUGCCAUGGAGGUGGAUGGAGUGUUUGGCAGCAGGAUGACGGGUGGAGGAUUUGGAGGCUGUACCGUAACAUUGCUGAAAGCCACCGUCGUUGAAGGAACAAUUCAACAUGUACAGGAGCGCUACCAUGGAAGCCCGACUUUCUUUGUCACCACUCCCUCGGCGGGUGCUCGGGCUCUGCAGCUGUCUUGAAUCUUCUUGUCACAAUUAAAAUAUUUCCUGGUUGUUGA